AUAUGUGAAGCUACUUCUUCUGUUCAAUCAAUUCACUUGACUUUUGAUGGCAUUUUUUAUUUUUAUUUUUGUGGUGCAACAUUUAACAAAAUUAAAUACUAGGAUUAAAUAAUUUUUUUAAUGAGUCUUUGUGAGUGUAGCUCAGUUUUUAAUGCAGAACUGGGGUUCGGACCUUAACUAGAGGUCAUCGGUUUGAAUUUAAUCAAGAGAAUUAACACAGCUCUUCCCACUGGUAUUUAAAAGCAAACUUCGUCUCGAAUUCCCUCACAUAAUUAUCAAACACAAACAAAACUAUAUAGCAUAAAUCUCUUUCUCCUAAACCAAAUGAAGCCUUUUUGUAUACUUUUGUGCCUAUACCUUCAUCUUCUUUUUAUGUUUACCCUGAAUUUAAUGUGGUUUGGUCCAAAUCCAAACAAAAUUGUGGUAGAGGCAUUAGGAAACCAAACAGAUCAUUUGGCAUUGCUCAAAUUCAAAGAAUUAAUAUCCAAUGAUCCAAACAGAGUCUUAAAUUCAUGGAAUUCUUCCGUCCACUUUUGUAAGUGGCAUGGAGUCACAUGCAACCCCAUGCAUCAAAGAGUUAUAAAGUUGAACUUAGAAGGAUAUGAGUUACAUGGAUCCUUAUCUCCUUAUGUUGCCAAUCUCACUUUUCUAAUAAAGCUCAACCUUAUGAACAACAGUUUCUUUAGAGAAAUCCCACCAGAACUAGGUCAAUUGCUACAAUUGCAACAACUUCAUCUCGUCGGUAAUUUGUUUUCCGGUGAAAUUCCUACAAACUUGACAUAUUGCUUCAAUCUUAAAAGCUUGCUUUUGGGAUCGAACAAGCUAAUUGGCAAAAUACCAACUGAAAUUGGCUCUUUGAAAAAGCUUCAAUAUGUCGAAAUUUGGAAAAACAAUUUAACCGGAGAAUUUCCUUCGUCUAUAGGUAAUCUUUCAUCCUUAAUGAUUUUUUCUUUUACUUAUAACAACAUAGAAGGAAAUAUUCCACAAGAAAUAUGUCGCCUCAAAAACAUGACAUUUUUAACUAUGGGUAACAACAAUUUGUCUGGUAUAAUUCCUUCAUGUCUUUUCAAUAUGUCAUCACUUUCUACGCUCUCAAUAUCAACCAAUAACUUUCAUGGUUCUCUUCCACCAAACAUGUUUCACACCCUCCCCAAUCUUCAAGCUCUUGCAUUUGGCAUGAAUAUAAUCUCUGGCCCAAUUCCAACUUCCAUUAUAAAUGCAUCUUCUUCUCUUGCAUUAUUUGAUUUCGGUUCAAAUUAUUUUGUCGGACAAGUUCCAACUUUAGGAAUACUAAAAGAUUUAAAUAUUUUGAAUUUGGAAAACAACAACUUAGGUGACAAUUCAACAAAUGAUUUGGAUUUUUUAAAAUCUUUGACAAACUGUAGUAAGUUGUAUUUUCUUUCCAUUAGACUUAAUAAUUUUGGAGGCAUGCUACCAAGUUCUAUAGGAAACUUAUCCACCAAGCUUAAUAUACUAAUUCUUGGAUCUAAUCAGAUAUCAGGAAAAAUUCCUCCAGAAUUAGGACAUUUAGUUGGCUUAACUUUAUUGAACAUGGAAUUGAACCACUUUGAUGGAAUUAUUCCAACUACUUUUAAGAUGUUUCAAAAUAUGCAAAAGUUAAUAAUGGGUGAAAACAAGUUGUUAGGAGAUAUACCACCCUUUAUAGGCAAUCUCAGUCAAUUGUAUUAUUUGGAUUUACAGCAUAAUAUAUUUGAAGGAAAUAUUCCUCCAAGCAUAGGAAACUGCCAAAAGUUACAAUAUCUAGAUUUUUCGCAGAAUAAGCUUAGAGGAACCAUACCUUUAGAGGUUUUUAAUCUUGUUUCUUUAACCAACCUCUUGAACUUGUCACAUAACUCUUUGAGUGGUAGCUUACCAAGAGAAGUCGGUUUGCUAAAAAAUAUAAACUGGCUAGAUAUAUCUGAGAAUCAUUUGUCUGGAAAUAUUCCUGAAACUAUUGGUGAAUGCAUAAGCUUAGAGUACCUCAAUUUACAAGGGAACUCCUUCAACGGAACAAUACCAUCCUCUUUGGCUUCUCACAAAGGUCUGCGACAUUUAGAUCUGUCAAGAAAUCAAUUCUAUGGACCAAUUCCUGAUGCUAUGCAAAACAUCUCUAGCUUAGAAUACUUGAAUGUAUCUUUCAACAUGUUGGAAGGUGAGGUGCCGAUAUAUGGUGUAUUUGGAAAUGCAACACAAGUAGAAAUUAUUGGAAACAAUAAGCUUUGUGGAGGUAUUGCACAACUGCAUCUACCACCAUGCCAUAUCAAGGGCACAAAACACCAUAAAUUCAGGUUGAUAAUAGUGAUAGUUAGCGUGGUUUCUUUCCUUCUCAUUCUUUCAUUUAUUAUAACCAUCUAUUGGAUGAGGAAAAGAAAUCAAAAACGAUCUUUUGAUUCACCACCAAUCGAUCAACUAACUAAGGUUUCAUAUCAAGCCUUACAUCGAGGAACCGAUGGGUUCUCGACAAGAAACUUGAUAGGCUCAGGAAGUUUUGGUUCUGUGUACCUAGGAAAUCUUGUGUCAGAAGAUAAUCUUGUUGCUGUAAAGGUCUUGAACCUACAAAAACAGGGAGCUCACAAGAGUUUUAUUGUUGAAUGUAAUGCACUCAAAAAUAUUAGGCACCGAAAUUUAGUUAAGAUCUUAACAUGUUGUUCGAGUACAGAUUACAAAGGCCAAGAAUUUAAAGCUUUAGUUUUUGAUUACAUGAAAAAUGGAAGCUUAGAACAAUGGUUGCAUCCUGAGAUUUUAAAUGCAGAGCCUCCAACAACAUUGGACCUCAGUCAUAGAUUAAACAUCAUUAUUGAUGUUGCUUCUGCAUUACAUUAUCUUCAUCAUGAAUGUGAGCAGUUGGUUCUUCACUGUGAUCUAAAGCCAAGCAAUGUCCUUCUUGAUGAUGACAUGGUUGCUCAUGUGAGUGAUUUUGGCAUAGCAAGACUUAUCUCGGUCAUUGGUGAUACUUCUCAUAAAGAUACUACUAGUACAAUUGGAAUAAAAGGGACAAUUGGUUAUGCUCCACCUGAGUAUGCAUUGGGUUCAGAAGUGUCCACAUUUGGUGACAUGUAUAGCUUUGGAGUCCUUAUGUUGGAAAUGCUUACCGGUAGAAGACCCACUGACGAAGUUUAUGGAGAUGGUCAAAAUCUGCAUAACUUUGUUGCAAAUUCAUUUCCCGAUAAUCUUAUAAAGAUUUUGGACCCGCAUCUUUUGUCAAGAGAUGGAGAAGUAGCAAUGGAAGAUCAAAACCGUGAGAAUCUUAUUCCACUUUUGUCAAGAGAGGAGUGCUUAGUUUCACUUUUUAGGAUUGGACUUAUUUGUUCAUUGGAAUCACCUAAAGAAAGAAUGAAUAUUGCAUAUGUCACUAGAGAGCUUAGCAUAAUCAAAAAGGCUUUCUUCUCCGGUGUUCGCAGUCAUAAUUAGUAAUCGAAGGUGAACUAAAUUUCGAAGGCCAUUGUGGAAAGAGAUGUGUAUUCAAGAUUGUGUAAAUUACCAACAUUUCUAAUUAAGAAGCAUGUGUUCCAAUGCUUAGUUUACUUUCUUUUUUUUUUGGGUGAAUGAAUUCAGUUAGCAGCAUAUAAUUUGUAUCUGAAUGUGUUCAAUAUAGAUUUUCCUGCAGCCUACUAGUUGCUAUAAAUAAGUAUUCAUGUUGUAUUGCUUUCUAAUUCAAUGAAGUCAGAAUUGAUACUUC